AUGAUCAACUACAAAAAUAAAGCCACAACAUGCCAAUCCUUUCGCCCAGCCAUCCGUGUCCGUCUAAAUCGUCCAGUCUUCGAUCAGGCUUCUUCGAUCGUUCAAGGCCUCGUCGAGUAUGAAGUGCCACGUGUGAAUAUUCCGGCGACACGUCAAUGUUUCACGGAGGGAUGUGUAGACAGUGAUCGCUCUCGAUGGAAAUCCGUCGGACUCUCCGCCAAGCAGUCGACGAUUUCGCCAUCGUCUUCAACAAGGAGAACAGCGAAUUUAGUAGUAACCGGACAACUCAGCGGUACAAUCACAGUGAUACUAAACAUUCCGAUAACGGGGAAUGUUGUGGUGACAGGCAGAAGUAUUGGCGUCAGCGCCCUCCUGGACCUCCAAAAAACUGUAAACGAUCAACCGUACCUGAGAUUCAACGAGUGUAGAAUAGAGAAUGGAAUAGUGUCGGCAAGAGUUACCAACAUGGGAUUACUCACUGAUACCAUAAACCAAAAGUUCGGAUCUGUGCUGUCGGGACAAUCGAAGGUUCAGUUGGAGGAGGCGAUUUGUGAACAUAUGAAUCGGUUGACUCAGCAACACUUCUCAACGAGAUUAGCAAGGAUACCAAGGUCGUUGUCGGCGAAGGAGUUGUUGGAGAUUAUUAUUUCGAAUAACGUAAAAAAGAGCGCAACCUCGCCAGCCACCAACUUCGCCACGCUGGUCCGCCAAAAACGAGCAGCCACCACUUCAGAUGACUACUACGAUGAUAUCGAGAAGACUGAAGGACGGCCGGCUAAACCAAUACCAAAUGUGAAUCUUCGGAAGAUUAGCUUAUCCCGGGAUGACGUCAUCAACUUCUUCAACAUCGAACGUCUAUCCCACAUCCUAAUCGACCUCACGCUUCUUGACGCCGCCUCCACGUCUUCAGAUUUUUCUCUGGGGAUUUCUGGAAAUGUGUUUAGUUCUAGAUCACAAGGCUCCUCCCCUUACGUCGCUCCGUAUCCCUUCAGAAUCCCUCAGAAUACAAAUCGAAGAAUGGUUGAAGUGAUCAUCUCACAGUACUCCGUGAACAGCCUUCUAUUCCAAGCGCAUCGAACCAACUCUCUAAUUUUCCACGUUGACUCCAGGACUCCUGGAAUCGGGAGCUUGUUGAAGACGUCGUGCACACUGGAUGAAGUUUGUAUAGCUGAUGAGAUUUCGAAGAUAAAAACAGUGUAUCCGAACAGAAGGUUGGAACUUAUUAUAAGAUCGGCGGCACCUCCAUCAGUGACGAUUAAUAAUGAUGUUAUGACAGUCUCUAUGAACGGAAGAUGUAUUUUCUUCCUCGAAGGCACGCGACAAAAAAUCGGAGUCGUCCCAUUCAACACGGUUGUGCAAAUCAAUAUGAAAACUGUCGGCGGGAAACUAACAGGAACAGUCUUCAUCCAGUCCCUCGAUUUCACCCCUGGCAUCGAUUUCCUCGGAAUGUCGGUGUCCGAUUUGGAUGGAUUGAGGCGGACGACUAAAGCGGCUCUCCAGAAUUUUGUGAGCUCCGCCACUGCUGAUGGCUUCACACUGUCGACGGCUUCGAUGCACUCCCCUCUCCGCCUAUUCCACCCGGAAAUCUCCCUGCUCCCGAAUGCUCUCCUCCUCCAAGCCGACGUCGACCUCUACCGAACGUUAUACUCGGCUCGAAAAUCCAGGAAACAUGCUUAA